AUGAGGGAAAUUGUUCAUAUUCAGGCCGGUCAGUGCGGCAACCAAAUUGGAGCAAAGUUCUGGGAAGUGAUCUCAGACGAGCAUGGCAUCGAUCCGACAGGAACGUACCACGGUGAUUCAGACUUGCAAUUAGAACGCAUCAACGUGUACUACAAUGAGGCUACGGGAGGAAAAUAUGUUCCUCGAGCGAUUCUGGUCGAUCUGGAACCAGGCACGAUGGACAGUGUUCGAGCUGGACCAUUUGGACAACUUUUCAGACCGGAUAACUUCAUUUUCGGUCAAAGCGGUGCCGGUAACAACUGGGCGAAGGGACAUUACACAGAAGGCGCCGAAUUAGUUGACAGCGUGCUAGACGUCAUUCGAAAAGAGUCUGAGAGCUGUGACUGUCUUCAAGGAUUCCAGCUCACUCAUUCCCUUGGCGGUGGAACCGGUAGUGGCAUGGGAACGCUGCUUAUCUCCAAAAUUAGGGAAGAAUAUCCAGAUCGAAUAAUGACGACGUUUAGCGUCGUUCCUUCUCCUAAGGUCUCUGAUACGGUUGUGGAGCCGUACAAUGCGACACUCUCUGUACACCAGCUGGUAGAAAAUACAGACGAAACUUUCUGCAUAGAUAACGAAGCGCUUUACGAUAUUUGCUUCCGUACUUUAAAACUUACCACCCCGACUUACGGAGAUUUAAACCACCUGGUUUCUGCCACUAUGUCUGGCGUGACAACAUGCUUGCGUUUCCCAGGUCAGUUGAACGCAGACUUACGGAAACUAGCCGUUAACAUGGUUCCAUUCCCACGAUUACACUUUUUUAUGCCUGGGUUUACGCCAUUGACUUCAAGAGGUAGCCAAGGAUACAGAGCACUUACUGUACCAGAACUUACUCAGCAGAUGUUCGAUGCCAAGAACAUGAUGGCAGCUUGCGAUCCUCGUCACGGACGAUAUCUCACCGUGGCAGCAAUAUUCCGAGGAAGAAUGUCAAUGAAGGAAGUUGAUGAGCAGAUGCUUAAUGUACAAAACAAGAAUAGUUCUUAUUUCGUCGAAUGGAUUCCUAACAACGUAAAGACAGCUGUGUGCGACAUUCCACCUAGAGGUCUUAAGAUGUCAGCUACCUUCAUUGGCAACUCCACUGCCAUCCAGGAACUUUUCAAGCGUAUUUCCGAACAGUUUACCGCGAUGUUUCGCCGAAAGGCAUUUCUCCACUGGUAUACUGGUGAAGGAAUGGAUGAAAUGGAAUUUACUGAGGCAGAGAGCAACAUGAAUGAUCUGGUCAGCGAGUAUCAGCAAUAUCAAGAAGCCGGCGUCGAAGAAGAUGGAGAGUACGAAGAAGAACAGCAGUAUGAGAAGGAAUAA